AGAAGACAGGAGCAAGGUUGAGUGCGCAGAGAGGAAGGUGUGGGAGAUGGAUGGGAGCAAGUACAAGCCAAAGGGAUCCGCCAUGGCCGGCGCCAGCAAGAAGCUUGCCUAUGUGCUCCUCCUCCUGCUGGCCAUGGCCGCUGCUGCGCUGAGUGUUGUGGUCCUGCACAAGGUCAGGGAGCGCCGCGCCUUUGCUGUCCUUCUCCGGGAGCGUGAUCGGCAGCUCAUCGCCACGCGGAUCCUCCUCCAGAAAGAGAAGGCAUUUAACAAAGAGAUGAAGAGGAAGUUGGAAGAAAUGAAGGCCACAACAUCCUCCCUAAGAACUCAGAAGACAGACCUGAAAACGAAGAUCAAAGGACUGGAAGCCACAUCCAUGGACCUAAAGAACAGAGAGAAAGAACUGGAAGCAGCUCUCACAAUCAAAAAUAGCCACAUCAGAGAGAUGGAAGAGAGAGCCGCAGGUACAAAUCCUGACCAGAUGGCAGCUCUGAUGGAGCUCCUGCAGCGUAAGGAAGCCGAGCUUGAGGAGAUUAAGGUCAGGUUCCAAGAUUACAAGACAACAGAACGGAAGAGUGUCAGCAGCAAGAGCCCUCCUCUAACAAACAAUGCAAAUUUAAAACCUGACAAUGCAGUAGUCGAAAAGGUUAAAGCAGAACAGAAGAGUUCUAGGAAUACCAGUACCACAACAACAGAAAGCAAGAACACAAAAGACAGAUCUUCAGAAGAAAAGCAAGUGAAGUAUACUGCAACUAGCAUGGAAGACAAUGGCUUACAAGACAAAACAGGUGAUGUCCUCGAAGAUAUAGAUGAUAUCUACGGGGAAAGCCAUUCAGGUAAGGCCAAAUUUCCUAGCCAGAAGAAAAAGUUUCUUACUAACAGUCGAGCAGGCAGCCAAGAAGAACUGGAUAGGUUGGGACACUCAGGCAACUCCCUUGACCAGGACAGUGACCGCGUUAGAUACAAUAAACUUCUGGAGAAGGAGAUUGAUAAGGUUUCUGAUGAAACCAAGAAGGAAAAGAAUGCUGAUGGUAACUUGGAGAAAAUAUCGAAGCAUAUAAGUGAUGGCAAUAAAAACAGAUUGAAAUAUGCUGUGGAAGACAAGGCUUCUGCUGCUGCUUUGAAGCCCAAUAUGUCUGUAAAUGAUGAUGAAAGUCAGCAACAAAACAAGAGACACAAGAAGAAGAAGACCAGAUCCAAGAAGAAGGUGAUCGAUUCUGCAGCUAUUGGUGAUGAUGGUGAAGUUUCAAAAGAAAAGGAAGUAGAUUCCACAUGA